AAACCAGCUUUGAAAUCGCCCAUCACGGGUUUAGUUUUUCAUUGGCUGCAGUGAUGACGAAUCUUUACUGAUCUCAACACCUUGCAACAACAUGAAGACACUUGGUUUAAUCUGUAUUUUGUCACUGGUCAUGAAUCGUGUGUUUAGUGAUACAGUGACAGUAAAUGAAGGAGAUUCAGUUACUUUACACACCGGCGUGACUGAGAUACAGAUGGAUGUUGUUAUCGAGUGGAUGUUUGGACAUGAUCAGGUUCUCAUAGCUGUUAUUAACAGAGCAGCUGAUACAAUCUCAUUGGAUGGAGCUGAUGUGAGAUUCAGAGACAGACUGAAGCUAAACAAUCAGACCGGAGAUCUCACCAUCACUGACAUCAGAUCUGAACACACUGGAGUUUAUAAACUAGAGAUCACUGGAGAGAAGACCACAACAAAAACAUUCAGUGUCAGUGUGUUUGGUGGUACAGGAGGAGUGAAGUCAGUGUCAGUGAUGGAGGGAGAUUCUGUUACUCUACACACUGAUCUUACUGAAAUACAGAGAGAUGAGAAGAUAUUGUGGCUUUAUGAACGUGAAAAUACAGUCUUAGCUCAAAUUAACAGACCAGCCCAUAUCUUUUUUAUAAACCCACAUUUUGCUAAAAAAAGAAUAUUACCCAAACUACAUGUGGAUCACCAGAAAGGAGAUCUCACCAUCAGAAACAUCGGAGCAGCACAGUCUGGACUUUAUCAAGUACACAUCAUCAGCGGCAUGCAUACUAUACAUAAGAGAUUCAAUAUUACUGUUAGUGAUGGAGUUAAGAUGAUAUUAAUAAAGAAAGGAGAUUCUGUUACUCUACACACUGAUCUUACUGAUGUACAUAGCGAUCAUGUGAUGUGGUGGAUCUCUGAUACGGUCAUAGCUGAAAUAGAUGGAAAAGCCAGUAUCUUCUCCAUAUAUGAUGCUGAUGGGAGAUUCGGAGACAGACUGAAGCUGAACAAUCAGACUGGAGAUCUCACCAUCACAAACAUCAAAUCAUCAGAGGCGGGACUUUAUAAUCUUGAGAUAAACUGCAUCAGAUACACCUUACACAAGAUGUUUAUUCUUACCGUCAGUGGUGUACAAAAGAAAGUGUACUCUGAGGGAAAGCCGAUCACUCUUCAUGCUGGUGUUGGUACACAGACAUAUAAACAACUAUUGUGGAAAUAUGAAGACAUUUUAAUAGCUCAUCUUAAGGAAACAGGCCAGACCGAAUUAGCACACGAUGAGAGAUUCAGAGACCGACUUCAAGUAGAUGUUCAGACUGGAGAUCUCACCAUCACAAACAUCACAACUCAUCACGCUGGAGUUUAUCACCUGGAGAUGAAAACUAGCAGACAUACUUUACUAAAGAAAUUUUAUGUUGUUGUCUCUGAACAAGAAUAUGGUCAGUGGAAUACAGUACUCUUAGUAGUUAUAUGGGCUGCUAUAGUACUGUCGGUGGUGAUGUUGUUGAUGGUGCUGAUUUUUUUGCCACUGCACAAGUGCAUGAAUUGAUAAAAUAACAUAAAUGCAUAAAAUUACAAUUUGAUAUACAGAACCAGCGAGAUGAAUUGACUUUGACACACAACACCACCAACCUUAAGUCAUUUUUAUGUGAUUGACUAUUUUCUACAUAAAAUCAUCCUACAAAAUGUAAAGAACAUUCUUGAUAUAAUAUUAAAUAUAAAAAAGGAAUAUAAGUCAUUACAAAUGAAAGUAAAAUCAAUGAGUGAAAUGAGUGAGGAUGAAUUUUGUUGCCACGUACUCUGAGAUUUUUACAGUAUUACAACAUUCUGUUCUUGUUCUUGUCUCUGGAUAUUAUCCACUGUGGGAAUUACACUACUGAUUUUUGUGUUAACAUCAUUAAUGUGAUUGGAUGUACAACUUCUGGUUUUAAAAGCAUUCCUUGACUUAUUCCUCAUUUGUUUGUUUUUUUGUUACUGUUGUGAAGAGAUAAAUGGGGGAUUGUUCAAAAAGAAAUCUGUCAACAAAUUAAAUACAAAUGCCCACAAUAUCCAAGAUGUAAUUCCAUCAUUUUUUUGGUCUUUGGUCUCGUUCUUGUCUUGUCUCAACCCCUCAAUGUCUGGGUCUUGUUUUGGUCUCGGUUUAGGUGGUUUCGACUACGACACUGUGUGAGAGUCAUGGCUUUUAUGUUGCGCCUUUUUUAAAAAAAAACUCCAAAAAGCACAUCCAGUUAAAUGCACUUUAAUAUGCUUUUCACAAACAUAUUUUUUUUUAAAGCCGCUUAAUUCAAAACCAGAAUUAGCAAUAAUUACAAAAAGUAGCCCAUAAGAUUUUAAUGGGUAAAUACAGUAAAUGCCAUGUGAUGUAAGCAUAUCGUUAAAGCUCACUUAAUAAAUGAAGAUCAAAGAAGCGCACACUGAAAACCUUAUGAAGUUGACUUUAAUUGUUAUAUUUAGUAAAUUUUGUUCCUUAAUUCAAUGUAAUUAAUGUUUAAAUGAAAUCAAACUGAAAACUGUCAUAUUUUGUUAUGUUUUAGAAAUGACUUAUCUGUGAGCUUCAUUCAUUUUUUUGCCAGUUUAUUUAAUUUUCCUAAUUUAUUUAAAUUAAUGUUUAAUCUUUUAGGUAAUUUGUUUCUAUCCUAAUGUCCAAAUAUGUACUACACUGUGCCAUCUGCUUAAAUCAUUAAAGAAAAAUACACAAAAAUGUGAAAUGUGUUAUCAUUUAUGAAUAACUU